AGAUCGCAAGCGCAAACCCAUGAGCAACCUAGAACGCAUUAUGGCGAUUGAGACGGAGAAGAAGGCCAAGAUACUGCGACAACAAGAAGAGAGGGAGAAACUUGAGAAGACGCAAGCACAGGACAAGAAACACCAGCGAUGGAUCUGCAAGCGUUUAAUUGUAAAGGUGAGUUUGUGUGUUAUAUGA